AGAGGAAAUCCAAAUACAGAUAGAUCCAUUUGACUCACUGCCAUCUGUAUCUGCAUAGCAUAAAUACCGCACGCACGCGAUUCCUAUGAUUUGUUUUUUCACUCUGGGCGAUUUUCCCUAUUCUUUUUGAGUGCCGAGCAAAACCCUAAUCGAGUUCGAUUGCAACACACCUCCGUUGCUGUAUUCCACCUUCUCCGACGAAUGGCAACCAAACCUCUUACAACCGAAGCUAUUGCGCUUACAGAAAAGAAGAUGGACAUGACAUUAGAUGACAUAAUCAAAAUGUCUAAAAAUACGAAGAAUAAGAAGCCAAGAAGGGUUCUGAACAAAAGUCAAAAGUUUUCAAAUAAUUUUACUCAAGAUAAGUCUGCAAAGGUCCAACGUUAUAUGGAAUCAAGAUCUUCUCUUAGACAGGGGGCUCUUGCAAAAAGAAGGUCUAAUUUCCAGGGAAACCAAUUUCCUGCUGCAGUUGAAGUUGCACGAAAAGCUGUUACUGCUCCUCUGCACAAUAGAGUCCCUAAUCGUAAUAGGGUGGCUAACUGGAAUAAAACAAGAUUUCGAGUUCCUGUAGAUCAGAGAAGGGCUGCUAAUGGAGGCUUUGCUGCUAAGCAGCAACCACUUCCUUCCCCUCAGAAGCAGCAGGAGAAUGUGGAUAUAGUGCCAAAGCAAAAGCCUCAGACGCUGGAUUCCCUGUUUGCAAACAUGAAGGAGCAAAGAAUGAGAGUUUUGUCAAUGCAGAAUAAUGCUGUGCAACGCAAUGGAGGUGGAAAUAAGAGGCUCCCAUGGAGAAGAGGCCGAUUUGGCAACUAAGUUGUUCACACAAUGGGGAAUUUCAUGAUAUCACCUUUUGAACCUAUGUCCUGGCCUGCUGCGUCCUGACUCCUCCUGGGUUGAUGCAAGUGAAAAAUUUCUCGAGUGCAGAAGAAAACUCUAGAUUCCCCACCCCCUAGUUGGAUGGAUUAUCUUUCCCCCUUUCAUUCGAAUGGACUUCUUCAUUUGCUCGUCCGUUGUAUAUUAGUGUCUUCCGUGGCUUAAUGUUUGUUCUGGUCUGGUCUGUGGUCCAUAUGUGGACACAAUUCCUAGCAGUUACAAUAUAAUGUCAUUUGAGAGGCCUUUGGGCCCGUAGCAGGUUUAUCUGUACUGGUAUGUUUUUCUUUUUUUGAUAUUUAGUUAUGGGACAGUAUUUCUUUGCUAAUGUUCAACUACAAUGAUGGGCUUUUGCGUUUCAAGAAAUGGUUGGUCUA